AUGGUCCGUAGUGAAGGUGAUCACUCUGUGUUUUAUCGUCACUCUGCCCAAGGGUGUAUCUAUCUUAUUGUAUAUGUGGAUGAUAUUGUGAUAACUGGCAGUGAUCAUCAAGGAAUACUCCAGUUGAGACAACAUCUCUCGAAUCAAUUUCAAACAAAAGAUCUUGGUAAACUCCGCUAUUUCUUGAGAAUUAAGGUGGCCCAAUCUAAAGAUGGCUUGGUGAUAUCCCAGCGGGAAUAUGCUAUGGAUAUUUUGCAAGAAACAGGGUUGUUGAACGCUAAACCAGCUGAUACUCCUAUGGAUCCAAGUGUCAAAUUGCUACCCAAUCAGGGGGAGCCUCUAUCUGAUCCAGGAAGGUAUAGAAGAUUGGUUGGAAAGUUGAAUUAUCUCACAGUCACUCGUCCGGACAUCUCUUUUGCAGUUAGUGUGGUAAGCCAGUUCUUAAAUUCUCCUUUCCAAGAACACAUGGAUGCUGUUGUCCGGGUUCUGAGAUACAUCAAGUGUGCUCCAGGAAAAGGUCUCGUGUAUGAAGAUAAAGCACAUACUCAGAUAGUUGGAUACUCUGAUGCUGAUUGUGCAGGGUCACCCAUUGAUAGACGAUCCACUUCUGGGUAUUGUGUACUUGUUGGAGGAAACCUUAUAUCUUGGAAAAGUAAGAAACAAAAUGUAGUUGCAAGAUCAAGUGCCGUGGCAGAGUAUAGGGCCAUGGCAAUGGCAACAUGCGAACUCAUUUGGUUAAAACAGUUACUCAAAGAACUUCAAAUUGAAGAAUCAAUGACACUUAUUUGUGAUAAUCAAGCUGCAUUGCACAUUGCUUUAAAUCCAGUCUUUCAUGAAAGAACCAAACAUAUUGAGAUAGACUGUCACUUUGUCAGAGAGAAGAUUGAAUCAGGCGAAAUUGUUACAAGUUUUGUCAACUCCAAUGAUCAAUUAGCAGAUGUGUUUACAAAAUCCCUACGAAGUCCCAGAACUAAUUAUAUAUGUGGCAAGCUUGAUGCAUUUGACUUAUAUGCUCAAGCUUGA